UACUAGUAGUUUCUUUUUGAGAUUUGUAGAAACCUUUAGUCUCUUCGGUUUGAUCAAAUGAAUAUUGAUUCAUAGAAACUUUCAAUGAAUUUAGGUUUCUUCGUAACAUUCAAUUAGGUCUUCGGCAGAUUGAAACUGAUCUACUGACGAAAAGAAACAGAAGAAGAAGAUGCAGAAGAAUGUCUCGGAGCUGUUGGUGGACAAGGUUUACCGCUACCACCACCGAUGAAUUUUGAUUUAAGACGUAAACAACAAACAAUGUCUGCAAGAUCCCCAGUUGAUUCAACUGGACAGCCUUCAGGACGCCUUAUGCCGCCUCUGAGAAAUGGCCAAAUAGGAAUGAAUGAAUUAUAUCAUCUCAACCUGCCGGAGCCAGCUGGUAUGAACAGACAAUUCCUAGAAGCUUUGCAACAAAUUCCAGAACAUCUUCGGUGCCAGGUGAUUCUUAAUCAUUGGCCUUAUCAACGAACAGGUGUGACAGAUGGAGCUGCUUCCGAAGAACGACAAUAUCAGACAGAGCAAAAGAAACAUAUGGCAAGAUUGAUCCUAAGUAACAAAUCGGACGAACUUCGAUUACAGAUGGAUGAAAAAGUAAUCGACAGUAUUCUUGAAAGUCUAGAACCGUUGUUACAUUAAAAGAAGAAUUUAAAGAAACGCAAUGGCUAAAUUUGCAGCAAAGAGAAGCCAAAGUUGAUCAAUGGAUUUUACGAAACUUAUUAUUAUUGCAUAAUGAUCAAAAAGGAAUAAAUAUACAUGUAUUUUUAGAAAUCCUUCACAAGAUACAGUAACAUCAAUGCUUUCUCGUUGAAACAUGAGGUUUGUGUAAUUAGUUUGAUUAACACCCCUCAAGUAAAUUUUCGUUUUGGAAUCUAAUAUUUCUUUCGUAAGUACGUUGGUGAAUGUCGUAUCAAGCAUAUAAAUUCAAAUAAUUGCAAUAUUGUCAGAUUUUAAAAGAAGCUAAAACUGUCAAAACUAUAAAAUGCUGCUAUAUUUCAAAUAUGACACAAGUAAGCCUUUAAUGUUACCUGGAGUACCAAACUAAGCAUGCCAGGCACACAAUGUUCAUAAACAUUGUGGAGAUAUGUUUUUGAAAGAUAAGUUAUGUGUACUUUAUGAAACAGGCCUUGUGAAGUCAGAAGUAUGUUUCACUUUUAUAAAAGCCAAAAAAAUAUUUUCAAAUACACAUGUUCUUAACGGGAUACAUAUUCUAUAGAGCAAAAUAGUCUACGAGGUAUACAUUUCCAAAAUGUAAUUUACGUGAAUGGAGAUAAGCAAACAUAUUACAUGGAUCUAAAAUAAAAGUUAAUAUUAACUUAGCUGUUCAUUGCUUGUAUUUAGAUUUUAAGAAUAUUUAAUCUUAAACGACUCUGAUUCCGAUAAAACAAUCGACCAGUGUUCUCAAUUGUUUGAUGAACACAGUAUCAAGUAGCUUUAGACCAAGUGCUUUGUAAUACGCACUUCUGUUUGAUUGUAUUCAAUGUCUUAACUCUUACUCAGUUUGAGAAUUCGUGUCUGUAAUUUUUCGUUUGUCAUAUUCUAACACACGAGUAUUAUUACUCAAUUUGUUAUUUACCUUUUUGAAAACUAUAUUGGGAGACUUUUCAUAUCCAUGAUAAGACCUUGAUCUCACCUGGGAAAUACUGGUACGUAUAUCCAAAAUCUCAUUAGUAUAGAAAUAUAUAUUUAUAUAUAAUUAUGUUUUAAAGGGACUGGCAUCCAGAUCGUUCGAAAAAAAAACGGAUUUUUUCAGAUAUUUUGAAAUUAAGUAGUUCUGCACGUUUGGAUCGAAAUUAUUUCUACAAUGUAGAAUUUGAUUAAACUCUGAUUUUUCAAAACUUCAGAAUAUACCUAGAAAAUUCAGCAAAUAAAAAAGAUAGGGUCGUGUGCUUGAUUUUUUGCUAGACUGAUUUGAAAAAUAGGGACCUUACGCAAUAUUUCAUAAUGGGAGUCUAUGGGAAAAUCAUAACUUUCAUAACAUUUUUGAGAAUAGAAUUUUUUCUACAAUGUAGAUUUUGAUGAAACUUCUCACAGCUGUAAAUAAAAAAACAAGGCCUAUAAUAUGAGGAAAUAAAAUAUAUAGGUACGUGUGCUUAUUUUUGAGAUAUUUGGCCAUGAUUAAAGUAAACCGGAUAUUUCACGCUAAUUUUAAGACAUUAUUUUGAACUAUUUAACGUGUGAUAUGUUUUAAUAUCAUGUUUUGACAUUAGAAAUGCAGCAACAGUGUCAUUAUAAUAAAUUUACUCACAGGUUGCGAUUAAUUCAUAAAAUGAUUUUCAUUUCCGUACGUCGAAUCCAGUCUUUAUUCUACGUUUUCCGGAAAAAUGACAAUACGCCAUCGCGUCCGGUUUAUCAAACGUGCAGAAGUACCUUAAUGCUGUAUAUCUUUAGAAUGCUUUGAAACUUAAUUACUGACAGACUAUAUGUUACGGAAACACAUGAGAAAAAGUUGUUUUUACUACUUUUUGUGACCAAAAUCGAAAAGCGUGUUUAACGCUUUACUCAAGGUAAAUUGCCUCGAUUUUAAAUAUCCGUAUUUAAAUGCACACUGAACACUAAAUCCUCCAUGGUGCUAUUGGAAACGAUAGUGGAAAACUUCUUUAUUGCCGUGUCGCUCUGGGUCGAUUCUCGACGCGAUCAUCUUUUUUCUUGAUUUGGCAUUAGAAACAAAAAAUCAUAUUCUCAUAUUCUAAUGUUCAUAAUAUGACAAAACUUCAAUUUGAAAGAAAAAUUAUUUUUAAGCCAAAAUCAGGAGGUCAGUGCCAUUAAACACAGACUUGUUAUGUUACAGCCAAAAAUACGUACUUCAUUUUUAUUCUAAUUAUGAUAUGUUUUAGUAUGUUCAAUUGUAGUUCUAUUUUAAAAAAAAAAAAAGUUUAUUUUGAAAGAUUUUAACUAUUAUACUAAUAUUGUUAUGAACUGAUGAUUUUAAAUGAAAAACAGCAUGUUUUAGUGUGUUCUUUUACUUGAGCAUGGAUUAAUCCAUGUCACAUUUUCUAAAUAUAUUGACAGAUUUAAUCACUUUCAAAAGAGUCCUCCGUUUUUUGGUAAAAAUAAGUACCCUCUAAAUUGCGUAUACUACCCCCAGACAGGGAUAUUUUUGUCAAAUCCCUGUACCAGUAUUGCAAAAUAUUUGAAGGUAUGUUUGUAAAAAUGUUUAAUUCAACUACUUUGAGUAGAUGCUCGCUCUCUACAAGCUGGUCAUACUGCGAUGAUUGUAGUUGGAGCAUUUAAACAUAGCAAAAAGAAGCCAUGAUGUUUAAAUAUUUUAGUUGUUUCUGUUUUUUACUGUUUUGUCGUAUGGUAAAGAGGGCUUUAUUAAAUAUAUUUUUUAUCUUCUUAAAUAUGUAUGUAUAGGGAAACAAGGAUUGAUUUCAAUCAUUAAAUGUUUAUUUCCUCUUUUAACGUUUCUGCUGCUCUUGAUUAUAAAAACUCGGUAAGUACAAAAGGGUAAAGUGAAAGUAAAGGGUAAUGGAUAGUAUUUUUUCUCCACUUGACGGUGUAAUAAUCUUAGUUGGGGAGCGAAAGAAGAGGUUUGUUUUCUGGAAAUUCUGUCGUACUAUCUUAGUAUGUGCAUAGAUAGUUUUAACGUCAUACACAGUUUCUGAUUAUUCACUGGCCAGGGGUGUUGUAAAAUUUGUAGGCAAUCAAAAAUCCAAUAGUGCUAAAAUAUAUUUACACUUUUUUACAUACAUUUAAAAUU